CUGUUUGUUGUUUGUCAAGUCAGUAGGCAGUCAUCGUAUUAUCUGCUGUGACUAGGAAUGUAUUUUGCGUAACAACUGCGUCAAGCAGAGAACUCUAGAGCAAUCUUGGAAGUUGUUAUAUUGUAUCUGUGGAUUUCUUCUAAAUUGAAGUGCAGUUGUCACAAUGUUUGCUACUUCUCGUCGGGUUGGAAUUAUCGUUUCUGUGAUAACUGUCAUGAGCUUAGGUUACAUAGUGUCUUCUGCUCCUGCCUCGUCGAAUGUAUUUCCCGUGAUCAUGAUUCCAGGUGAUGGCGGCAGUCAGAUUGAUGCAAAAUUAUCAAAGAGUCAGGUAGUUCACUAUGUCUGUGAGAAAAAUACAAAUGACUUUUUCAAUAUUUGGUUAAACUUAGAACUUUUGGUGCCAAUUGUCAUUGAUUGCUGGGUUGACAACAUUAAACUGGUGUACAACAGCACUACACGUAAAACUGAAACACCUUUGGGUGUAGAGACGAGAGUACCUGGAUUUGGUGACCCAGCUGUCGUAGAGUGGUUGGACCCUAGUCAAGCUUCUCCUGGUGCUUACUUCAAAGAUAUUGGAAACAUGCUGGUUCAACAUGGUUUCAACAGAAACACUUCACUUCGAGGGGCACCUUAUGAUUUUCGAAGAGCUCCUAAUGAACACCAAGAAUUUUUCAAAGCUUUCAAGGUCUUGGUGGAAGAAACUUACAACAUGAAUGGAAAGAAAGCUGUCAUCCUGAUUGCACACAGUAUGGGUGGGCCUAUGACAUUAGUCUUUCUACAGCAACAGAGUCAGAAAUGGAAAGAUCAGUAUAUUCGAGCAUUUGUCACACUCAGUGGGGCAUGGGGUGGCUCUGUUAAAGCCCUAAAAGUGUUUGCUGUCGGGGAUGAUUUAGGAUCUUAUGUUUUACGAGAAAGCAUUUUACGUGAAAUGCAAAUAACUUCACCAAGCUUGUCAUGGCUAUUGCCAUCUCCCCUUUUCUGGAAAGAGUCAGAAGUACUGGUACAAACAGGAAACAAAAACUAUACCAUCAACAAUCUGAAGGCAUUUUUUGAUGAUAUAAACUAUCCCCUUGGUUGGGAAAUGCGAAAAGAUGUGGAGCCUUACUCCCUCAACUUUUCACCUCCUGGUGUUGAAGUUCAUUGUCUACAUGGAUUUGGAGUAGAUACUGUUGACAGGUUAGUUUACAAGUCUGGAAAAUUCCCAGAUGGAUAUCCUACUUUCAUAAAUGGUGAUGGCGAUGGCACAGUCAACAAAAGAAGCCUGGAAGGGUGCUUACACUGGGCCAGUCAGCAGAAAAAGAAAAUAUACCAUCAAACUUUCCCAAAGGUGGACCAUAUGGGAAUUUUGAGAGAUACUAAGGUUCUUGAAUAUCUGCAACAGCUUAUUACAGAUAAGCUAGAAUGAUGGUGAUUUUUGUUCUACAAAGGAAAGAGACUGACAAUCAGCUCAAGAGGAUAUUAUGAAUAAAUUGUUAUGCAGGUCAUAAGCACUGUAAUAUCCUAUUAGUAUUCUUGUAUAUGGAUAAAUUUAGGACUAUGCUUCAUGCCUAAAGUUUCCUGCUAACAGUCGCAGGAGCUCUUGUCAAAUUGAUUUUAAAAAUGCUCUCUCUGAAGAUAAAAAUGCCUGUGAUAUAUUAAAAUGCAAUCAACUAAUAGACUAGAUACAAAGAGGAAGUACAGCAGAGAUGCUCUGACACUUAGGUACGGGAGGAUGGGACAAAAGUUCAUAGAUGUAGUGAAACUAUGACAAAAGUCUUUUUCCUCAACAGCAAAGAUAGUUUUUUUUUAAUAAUGUAACUCAUCAGUAGAUCUUAUUUUAUCAUGCUCCUGACUUAUUACAACUGAUAUGAAUUUUAAAUAAUGACUUGGGAGCAGAUUAAGUGUACUUUUUACGCCUGCUGUGAAUUUAGUUAUUUAGUGUCAAAGAAAGAAGAAAGCUAGCCAAAGAAAAGAGGCCAAAAAUGUGCUACCAUGGUAGUCAGUUCAUUUUUAAAAGAAACAUAUUUGUGUUCAUACGAUUCACAUCACAAUGUUUAUCAUGUCAAUGUGACCCUGAAUUGAAAUAUUUUUUGUUAUUUAUAAAUCUUAAAAAUGGUGUUUAUUAACUCGUUACGACUAUUGAAGAAAUUUCAAAAAAUAUA